AUGCAUUGGAAGGCGAAUCCCAAUCUGAUGCUGCGGCAACGACCAGUCGUCCAUCGAAUGACCGCCAACCAUUGUCAUCAUCAUCAUCAUGAUCAUCGUCAGAGUCGCUCUGCACUGUUUGUGACAGUCUGCGUCAUCAUCAUUGCGACGACCAUUGCGCUGGCGACCGCUGCUCAAUCUCACGCUCAACCAGAAUCGCCAUCCAACGCUCAGCCCAACACCCAGGCGCAGUCCAUCUUUGAAAAGGACGACGCAGACAACAGGUACAACCAGAAGCCAGGCUGGUUUGUGCCGAACGAGAGCGCGACGCGGUUCCAUCCUGCAGCGUCCGACGAUGACUGGCGCUCAAUGCUGGCCUCGGUCAGGCUGCCCACGACGCUGGAGCUCGCAGGGACAGUGUUCCCGGUGCCUGCGUGGUACGACGAUCUGUCGCCGCAAAAGCAAGGCCGCCCGGCAGACCCGAGCGAAGAGGUCGACGAUGAGCAAGUGGCCAAUGCAAGCGCCAGCAAUCAAGCGACCGACUCCAUCCACCCGUCAAAGUCGACGCUACAGAGUGCCAGUGAUCAAGCUACAAGACGUGCAUCAUCCGUCGUGGAAACGACAAAAGAGCUGCCGCGAGCUCGGUUUCAUCGCUUUCGUAAACUUCGCUUUGCGCCCGACAGCACGAUUGUCAAGCUGCUUGGACCGCAUGCCGAGGCCAUCUACAACGAGCGGAGGGAAAAGACAGCCUUCUUUGUGCGGCACACAAACCCAGAGUGCGAGUUGUGCGAGAUAUCGCAGCCGAGCGACGUGCUGCACAUGAUUUCAACCCACUCGCUCGUCUACAACAAGGACCUUCGGUUUGUGAUCAAGAGCAAGAAUCAGUUUUAUGCAGACACGUAUGCCACCGCCGCUGAGGCUCUUGCAGCAUUCCUGUCGGGCUCCACAAUCGUUGUCAACGCGCUGCACUACUUGGAUUCGCGUCUGCACGGCUUUUGCGAGCAGCUCGAGGAGAGUCUCAGUACUUUUGCCAGCGUCAACAUGUACCUGUCCCCGGCCUCUGCCCAAGGGUUCAAGGCCCAUCAUGAUCUGAUGGAUUCAGUCAUUUUGCAAACAGCGGGAUCCAAGGUUUGGCGAGUUUGCAACCCGGAUUUCCAGCUUCCGAGCGAUGUGAACUCGGGCAACUUUCUUCUUUCCGAACUUCGAUACAUGAACUGCACGGACAUUUUGCUGACUCCCGGUGAUGUGCUCUAUUUGCCGCGCGGAACCAUCCACUCUCCGUAUACAAUCGGAAACAUGUCGAUGCAUUUGACGUUUGGCUUAUCCGCUGCCUUCCCGUGGCAAGCGGUCAUGGAUGACUUUAUUAAAAGCUUUGCCCACAUCCCAACCGCCCUCAUAUCACCCAAAGUAUCCAUUACCCUGCCAGAGCUGCCGUCUCGUGAAGAAAUUGCCCGCCAUGUGCGCCGCCCGGAAAUUGUUGUCGGCAAAGACUCGCUCUUCCCGGCAGAGCUGGAUGAAGAGUACCAGCGCAUGAGGGAUAACCCGGCGCCUCCAGUCAUGGAAAUUAGCAUGGAACGACUGCUGGUGGCUGCGUGGCAGCAGCUGAUUCAAGAGCCCCAGGAGACGCUUUCGCGAAGUGCCAUGCCGAGUUGGUUGCUCCACCACGAGCCCAACAUGUGGCCGAGCGCAGCAAACCGCAUUGCGAUGCUUGAGCACUGGAUGUACAUUCUCGAGAUGCUGGUCACUCGCGUCGAAACGCACUUUCUUCACAUCAAGUACGUCUUCUUUUACCAAGCGCCGCGCAACGUCGGAUUUGCGCAUGCGGGCAGGUAUGCCAAACCCCGCGCUUCGCAGGCCCAAAUCUUUGAGACCAUGGCCUAUGGCGUUUGGGACUGUUCCGCGCAACAAAUCAUGGCCAACCGAACGCUGACGGACGACGAGCGAGCAGAGCGCGAUCGGCUCACACAAGCCCUUCGCGCGUUUGUGCGAAACUACCCGCCCGCGUUGUUCUAUGACGCGUUUGACAGCGCGCUGGACGGCAUGCGUGAGAAAAUCUCUGCGGGCUUGCUGGAGCAACGCGAAGAUGUCGUGUCGAAUGCACUCAUCAAACGCAUUUCGACGGGCACUGUGCUCAAGCGCACCCAUCUGUUGGCUGGGAUGGUACCAGUGCACCCACUUGCACCCGUCACCUCUGACGGUGAAUUUGUGCGCACUGUCGCAAAGGAAGUUUCGGUGACGUGCAACCGCCAGAUCAGCACCAUUCCAAACACUCGUGUCGGCGCUUACGUGUGGGCUCUGUACAUUGGACGAUCGUUCUCGGUCGACGAACUUGCUCACGCAAUGAUUGUCACCUGGAAUUUGCGCGAUUUUGCGGUCAAGCACAAGGCAGCAGACCCAACCCCGCACCCGGAGCGGUGGUACUCUGAGCAAGUGCUGGCGUUGGUGGAGGCGGCGCCCAAGUCCCCUCUGACGCGCGAGCAAAGGAGCGCUGCCAUUCAACUGGCUCGCAAUAUGGUGGCCCAGCAGGUGCUCGGCAUUGAGGCGCUCAACUCGCCGCCAGUCUCCAAACAGCAAGUGGCUGAGCCUUCCGAUUUUGAUCAGGAACUGGUGCAGUUUAUCAACACGUAUUGAGCUGGCAUGGUUGGUUAUUUUAGUGGCCGGCUGAGGAACAUUUGAUUGAAAUACAAGGUUGUACAAAGAAAAAAAGCACCACCGA